CGCUCUCCGCGCGAGAGAGGCAGCCAGAGAGCAGGAGCCAGUCAGACGGGAAGAACGUGAGCCGGUGAACGCGUCCCGCUGCAGAACCGAGCCACUCGCCCAGAUCUCAGCGGAAAGCGGCACGAAAAAAGGGAACAUGGUGAAGAGCCGUUGGAUCAUAUCCGCGGGUCUCGGGCAGAAUUACGCACGAAGCGGCAACUUUUACGCACGGAUCUGUGGAGAAAACGAUGCUGCGAUUUGAACUGUUUCACCUCAAGUGUUGGACCCAUCGAUAGUUCGUGUCUGAGGAGGAGGAUUUGGGUGGAGGGCUGUCGAUCUGGACUGCGCCAAAUGUUGAAAUCAGCGGGAUCCAGACUUGGUUACGCACCUGCUUCACUGACGUCUGAUUUGGUCUGGUGAGAGCGUGACUCACCGUGAGCAAACAUUCAAGUCUGCCGACACAUCUGUGGAUACUUGACCCGUGAGAGCUGCGCGGAGCGGGGACCGGGCUCGGAUUGGACGCCGCGGUGCUAAAUGCCCAGCCGGUCGCUUGCGGCUCCUCAGGCUGGGCGGCGACAUGAGCUCCUGGAUCCAGCUGCUGCUGCUCCUGACCUCGCUCGGCUGGGUGGAGUCUGGUCCUCACAGGGUGAUGUGCUCCCGCCGUCGCUGGUCGACCUGCUGGAGAACGCUCCCAUCUCCUCCGUGGACGAUCUGAAGCUCCUGCUGCAGCAAGGAAGCACCGGCGAGGCCGAUGAAGAUGAAGAAGACGAGCACGACUUCCUCGCGAACCGAACUCACGGCCGAUUCACCCGCAGUCUCAUCGAGGCCCAGGUGGCCCAGCAGGCGGAGUGCAAGGUCCGCACCGAGGUGAUGGAAGUGACCAGGUCCAUGGUGGACCGCCGCAACGCCAACUUCAUUCUGUGGCCUCGAUGUGUGGAGGUGCAGCGGUGUUCCGGCUGCUGCAACACCCCGCAGAUGCAGUGUGUUCCCCUUGUUAGCACCACUAGAUACCUGAAGGUGACGAAGGUCCAGUUCAUAAACAGACUGGUCAGCUAUGAACCAGCCAUCAUUUCAGUAGAGGACCACAUCAGCUGCCGGUGUCAGCGCGCCUCACCGUCUUCAUCCUUGUCUUCAUCGCUGCCUGUUCUGGCUCCCCGUUCCCCGCACCUGCAACCACCCCACCACCCUCAUCCGGCGCCGCGGACGGUCCACCCUGCUCCACCCAAGACCCAGUCCUCCAAGGCUGACCUCCACCGUCACGACGACCUGAAGCACAACCAGCAGCACCACCACGCCGAGGAGCCGGCGACACGACAGUGGCAGCAGGGCAGCUACACUCAGCUGCUUCACUGGAAGCAACCGCAGGGGCACCAGAUACCAAGUUACACGCUGCCAGGGACUCAGCACCCGAGUGUCGGAGGGGCCAGCACCGUCAGCAGCCGGGCUUCGGAAGCAAGGGCCGAGCACAGCGUCAUGGGAGCUUCGACCGGGAGCGGCUCCGACAGUAGCAGAGAGGACGGCGGCGGAUCGCAGACGUCAACCGGCAGCAGCACGGAGUACACCGACCAGCGGCAGCACCAGCAGAACCUGCAGUAUCACCUGAGGACACAGUCCCGUCUCAACACUCCUCAGUCGGACAGUGCCUCCCCUCUCAGCAGCCCCACCCCGCCCCCCAGCGCACAUCAAAACCCCACCCCUCCCUUGAGCACAGCUCAGAAGGACUUGGUGACCCGCCGAACGUGGGUCACUGACUCACGGACUGAAACAAGUACUCAGCGAGGUGAGAAGGAGGAGAGCGGGUCGACCACUAGCGGCGACUCGGAGGUGACCACUCGAGCCAAGGUCAAAGACUCUGAUGUUGAGGGUCAUAUAUCGGAGGAGGAGAGGAGGCAGAAGCUUCUGGAGAUGGUACAGAGCGAACCAGAGCAGGAGAUACACCUCCAUCCUCAUCAUCCUCAGCAGAGACCAAAGCCCACCUCCGUCAAAUUAGCGCCAUCUACUGUGGCUCCAUUACUGCCUGCGGCCCGGCGGGCUCCGUUCAGACCAGCAUCCCCUCGACGCAGGAGGAAGCACCGCAAACGCAUCAGCAAGGCAGCGAUCAGGGCGAUGAUCAUGUAGUGCCACGGGACGCGGGAAUCAUAGUGCGGCUGUUCCAAAGAGAAGAACGGGAUCCUUCCCGAGACGUUACAGACGAACAGUGGUGACGUGAAAGUCUUCCAGACUCAAGUGCAAUCUUUAGAACUCCGUGGAAGGAGCAGCGCGCCAAACACUGGACUCGAAAACUUCGGCCGCUUCCUCGGACCUCGGCUGUGGACGGUGACUUGGACUGGGAGUGGUUAUUCCGCGUGGGAAACUGGAAACGCUCGACUGAAAGCACGGAAGCGUAACUGUAUCUAACACUGGGCGCGUUGAACUUAGAAAUGUGGUCAAACGUGUACUGUAGCAUCAUUUACUGGAAACUACUGCUCAGUUUUUGUACUACUGCCAGAUGAAGCGCCUGCCUAGCUGACGUCGCUGUUUAACACAAGUCUUAAGAAGAAACCGGCUUCUAGAGCUGCUGCCAGCCGGCGUAGUCCACACUGUACGUGUCAACGCUUUUAGAAACUAUUUCCUAACUUAUUGUUCGAAAAAGAAGACUUCCACAUCUCAAGUGUAAUUAUUGUCACUGCUAUGUUUCCGGACGUAAUCGUUGGUUGUACACUGUGAUUGUAAUGAAUGUUAUUUUUAUUAUAAAAUAAAAAAUGAUCAACGAAUAUG